AUGUCCGAGACGGCCCCCGAGGCGCCCGUGGCCGCCGCGCCGGCCGCCAAGGCGCCGGCCAAGAAGGCCAAGAAGCCGGCGGGCGCCGCCAAGCCCCGCAAGGCGUCGGGGCCCAGCGUCACCGAGCUGCUGACCAAGGCGGUGGCGGCGUCCAAGGAGCGCAACGGCGUGUCCCUGGCGGCGCUGAAGAAGGCGCUGGCGGCCGCCGGCUACGACGUGGAGAAGAACAACAGCCGCAUCAAGCUGGGCCUCAAGAGCCUGGUGAGCAAGGGCACGCUGGUGCAGACCAAGGGCACGGGCGCCUCGGGCUCGUUCAAGCUCAACAAGAAGCAGCAGGAGGGCAAGGCGGCGGCGGCGGCCAAGAAGAAGCCGGCCGUCAAGAGCAAGAAGCCGGCGGCCAAGAAGCCCGCCGGCGCCGCCAAGAAGCCCAAGAAGCCGGCCGCCAAGAAGAGCCCCAAGAAGGCGGCCAAGAAGCCCGCGGCGGGCGCCAAGAAGGCGGCGGCCAAGAGCCCCAAGAAGCCCGCCAAGGCCGCCAAGCCCAAGAAGGCGGUGGCCAAGAGCCCGGCCAAAGCCAAGGCGGUCAAGGCAAAGGCUAAAGCCAAGCCUAAGACCCCCAAGGCCAAGGUGGCCAAGCCUAAGAAGGCUGCAGCCAAGAAGUGAAGGGGCUUCCAUAGAGUCUCAACCUUUCGAUCCCAAAGGCUCUUUUAAGAGCCACCCACAAUUUCACUGAAAAAGAGCUGUCAUCCUUGUUCUAGUUUGUUUGGUCUUUGAGCAGGUUCAACCUGAAAAUUGUCCAGGUGGACCAGUCACAAAUUUGGACAAGGGCCUAUUUUGCUUAAGCUGUAUAACGAACUGACGCGAGAGUUAUGAU